UAACCAAAUGUAAUCGAAAUUUUAGUUUCACAACAAUAUUUUUGAAGAUCAAAAUUAUGUGUUGACGAUUUCUUUAUUAAUUUAUUCCCUGAAUAGUUUUGUUCCUUGUUUGCUUCCCUCAAUAUGAUCACUCAAACAGAAGUAGUUGAGCAAAUUAUGCAAAAACUAGCAUUUGAAGUAGAAGCAGUUCCCAGAAACAAGUCAGAUCAUGUUACCAGUGUCUCUAAAAGCACACCAUUGAAUGUAAAAAUAAGAGUAAGGAAAAAAGACGAAGAUACAGCAGAAGAAUACGUAACAACAACUACAAAACACAUGAAAGGUUUACAAAGAGUGCGACUAGUGAGCAGUGAUGAAACGAUCUUGAAUUUCGAUGUUUUCAUGGAAGCAGAAUUUGAAAAAAAGCCGCCUCCGAAGAAAAUUCGUAAACAAAUUUUCGAGAUGUUAAAACCAGGGGUAUUUUUAGGAGCAUUGGAAGAUGAUGAUUACACUCACAUACCUAGUUCCUCAUACAAUGCUAACAUAUAUGAACCAAGUCAAACAACUAAAUCAGAUGGUACAUUAAAGCACACAUUUACACUGUCUAAAAACGUGUAUCAAGAUUACACAGUCUCUGCUCAAUCAGGAGAACAAAAGUAUUUUUUUGGCAAAUGCAAACCAGGAGGAUGUUUAGACCCACCUUUUAGUGAAGAUACAUAUUCUUAUAAACCAACUAUGAAACCAGAUCCUGAAAAAAUAAUAGCUGAUAAAAGUAUUUUAAAUAAAGAAAAGACACCAGAAAAGGAAGUUGUUGAAAGCGAUACUGAUGGUAAUAAACAACCGAUACUUCGCAAUCGCGAAGACUCUAAAAGUGGAAGACAUAGUUCAAUAUUUGAUGGCAGCUUCUUUAAGAGAAAACGGAAGUCUAGUGAACAAUCCACAAAUACACAACCGCCAGAACAAAAGGAUUCAGUUGUUAACAUUUUCCAAGGAGACCCAUUGGUUAACUCCACAAGUGGUCAUUCCAAUUCUAUUAUAACUUACCCUCCAAAAAUUUCUAGUGAUUUAAAAGUUAAUGAGGAGAAAGUUAAAAGUCGGAGUCCCAGUGAAGAUAAACCAAGAAAAUCUUUCAAUGAACAUUCAGAAUCUUAUUUUAUUCCUCCAAAAGGCAUGAGUCGGGAUAAAGACAAUGAUAAAAUUAAUCAGAAUGAAACAAAACGUCGUUCAUCUGACAAAAAUGCACACAAGGAAUUUAAAUUUCCUGGACUCAUUCCCGUUCCUAUUCCAAUUCCAAUACCAUCUACUAAACCAAACUAUGAAAAUAAUGCACCAACCGAUCAAGUUUUAGCUCCCAAUGAUAACAAAAAUACAAAAGAAUUAAAUUUAGAACCAAGUAAACAAUUACCAAUCGAAAUGAAAUCAGUAGGUACUCAGACAUCUCUUCAAUUGCAAGACUCAUCUACAGGAGACACUGCAGUUGAUCCCAUCCAGUCUUUUAAAGUAGUUCCUUUAGAUGUCACUGACGUUGGUCAACCACCAAAUAAAGAUGCGGAUACAGAAUCAAAGUCUCCUAACAUAGACGAUUUACAAAAACAAGAAUCAAAGGAAUUAUCCAAUCCAAGGAUAUAUCCAAUUGUACCGUUAAUUCCAAUCCCUAAAGAUUCAAAUUUGGAAAAAUCUGAGAGUACGGAACACGAUGUUGUUGAGACAAUGCCGGAACAAAGUGAGCCAGAAAAAGAUAUAAAGUCACAAAGUAGUAGUGAUAAUCAAGAAGAGUUAAAUAAAGACAACCAUCCUCUCAAACCGAUCCCUAAAGAUAUAAUAAAUGAAAAUGAAGCAGAGGUCAAAACUAAUGAAUUAGACAUAAAACAAAAAGAAUCAGAACAAAGUAUGCCAGUAACAGACAAUAGGAGUACAGACACUCAAAAACCAUUAUAUACUGAUACGUCUGAUGGGAAAGCAAGAGAAUCCAUCCCUGAAGACAUAACACAACCAUAUAUCGAUAACAAACAUUACGAUGAAAGCAGAGAUUCCGAAAUAGAUUUAGAUGAAAAUAAAAUUGAGACACCCGAAGUCUUCGAAAGUGACACUGAUACAGCAAACGAUCUAACAAGUAUAUCAUCUACUGAACCUACUUUUGAGAGUGAAAACAAAAAAGAUGAGAUAUUUCCUAGCGGUAAUGAUAAAAACUAUAUAGCAGCACCGUUAAUAAUCGAAGAAAUAACCACUCCACCAGAUAAAGAUGCUAAUAAGAAAAAAGAUUCAAUUGACGAUCACCGGGAGGAGAGCAAAGAUAACAUAACUGAUCAAUUUCCUACUAAUAUUCCUCCAAAACUUCCAAAGAUUCCAAAAGUUGACAAAGAUAACAGAAAGCGUUCUGGUGAUUCUGAUGAAAUAAUUGUAACAAAACCCAUUUCAAAGUCAGAAGAAUCAGUGAAACCAAUUUCGUCUUUAAUGAAUAUAGAAAAAAUUGAUACUCCUGAUGAAUGUGUAUUACCUGUAAAUAUAGACAACAACGUUAAAAUAAUUACUAAACCACCAAAAGUCCUGACUGAAAGAACAGAUUCAAACGAUAACUCUACAAACGAAAUUACUAAAAGCAUCGAUACUACAGGUAUUCCAAUAUUAUCUCCUGAUCAAUCAGCGAACACAGUAAGAAGCGCAUUAAAAAAAGACUAUAUUAAUGUAGAAUUAGGUUUCUAUAGUCGUCUAAACGACAAAAAUGAACGAGUUAUUACAACGUUCGAUACUAAACAUGCGCCAACUCGAUCACCGAAUGAUUUGGUAACGAUAGUUAAAUCUCAAAUACGGAUUUCUUCAAACGAAAUAAGGAUUCCUGUAGAUGCGGAACAUGACAUGUCUAUUCGAAUCAAAAAACCUAACAUUAACCAACGUGUUUCUAUUAACGAAUCUAAAUUCUUGCCUGAUAAUGUUCAAGUGACUAAACCGAAUCCAAAAACAAACAAAUCUGAUGAAGGCGCCAAGAACGGUGAACUUGAAAUUAGCAUAAUAGAAUUCUAUGAACAGGAAUUAAUUCCAUUACAGUUAAUUAUAAGGAACUUAAGAGAUGAAAUUGAUGUUUUAGCGGCACAACAAUCGGUUUUUAAAGAUAAAAUAUUUUGUACAAACAAAACAAAGACCCGAGCACCCCAUUCAAAUAAAAAAUGUUUUGGGUGUCUGAAAAAAUAA